AAAUUUACUAGUAAAUAUUAUUACUGUCACUGACAAGUGGUUUAUUUAAGGAGGAUGAAAAAAAAAGGCAAAAAAAGGAAAGGAAAGAAAAAAGAAAUUACUUGGGCGUGUCGAGGGGGAUAGGAAAGAAGGAAGGAGUUGGACGACUCCUACAAAGACGACGACGACUCAUCCGCUUCUUCUUCUUGUUUCCACCGAGCCCAAGCCGCCUUCGCCUUCUCGUCUCGUCGAUAAAAGCCGCGAGUCCACCCACCCCUCCUCCUCCUCUUCUGUUUUUAUUCAUUCCUUUUGCUUCUUCUUCUGCCAUUCCAUCCAUCCACCGCCGCCUCCGCUCUCUCUUCUUCUUCUUCCUACCCUUUGCCUAGUUGCAUUCGGAGAGGAGAGGACUGAUUGAUUGAUUGAUCGAUCGAUGGCCAUCGACCACGAGUCGCCGUUCAAGGAGCUCCGCCUCAAGAACAGGAGGAUCAUGGGAGGAGGAGGGCCUGAGCCGGAGGAGGAGGAGGCGGUGGCGCACGGAGAGCAGUGGCCGCGGUGGCUGAGCCCGCUGCUCUCGGCCAGCUUCUUCUCGCAGUGCAAGGUGCACGCCGACUCGCACCGGAGCGGCGAGUGCAACAUGUUCUGCCUCGACUGCGCCGCCGACGCCGACGCCGCCGCCGCCGCGCUCUGCUCCCUCUGCCUCGCCCACAACCACCGCGACCACCACACCAUCCAGAUCCGGCGGUCGUCGUACCACGACGUGAUCAGGGUGUCGGACAUCCAGAGGUUCAUGGACAUCGGCGGGGUGCAGACGUACGUCAUCAACAGCGCCCGCGUGGUGUUCCUCAACGAGCGCCCCCAGCACAAGGCCGGCAAGGGCGCCGUCGCCAACAUCUGCGAGGUCUGCAGCCGCAGCCUCCUCGACAACUUCCGCUUCUGCUCCCUCGGCUGCAAGGUCGUCGGCUGCUCCCCCCACGCCGCCACCGCCGCCGCCACCGCCACCGCCACCGCCGCCAGGAGGAAGAGACUACGCCACGCCCACGCCAUGGCCUCCACCUCCGACUCCGACAACUCCACCUCCCCUGCCAAGAGGAGCUUCACGCCGUCCACCCCGCCGCCGCCGCCCACCCUGCCGCCCAAGCGCCGCAAGGGCAUUCCACACCGCGCGCCAUUCGGCAGCCUCAUCGUCGAGUACUAGCCAUUGCCAACCAACAGCAACUUCACCUGCAGGAAUCCAGCGCGUGCGCAAUUGGGAAUCGCAUUGCAAAGCGGCCGCCACCUCGUCGGCCUUUGCCCAUUGCCAUUACCAUUGUUGCCUUUUGGUGGUGCUUCUCGAGGUGGAUGCCAUUAGCUUUGCACAAAGGAAAGGAGGAAGAUGAAGAAAAGGAAGGGUACAAAAGCACUAGCUUUUCCAUUGCUAAUUGCUCCAUUACCAUUACUAGGAACACAUUAAAAAUACAGACAGGAUAUGUAUACAUCUUUAAUUAGUGACCACCCCCUCCCUCUCUCUCUUGUGUUCAACCUUCUAUAUAGUCUUUUUUUUUUCAUUUUGAGAUGUUUCAAAUUUUAGAUGUCUUUGAGCAGACUUGUAGCUAAUACUCCUAGUGGAUUAGCAGUGAUGAUAAUAAGUAGCUGGUGGUGCUUAAGUUUUGUGAUGGCUGCUACUAACUGGUGGUACCAGGAUUAGUGCUACUUUGUUCAGUUCAUCUGUAAAUAUGGAUGCUAGAAGAGGGCAUGAAUGAUCCUUGCUUAUUACUCCAGUAACUUCCUUUUUUUCUUAAUUAUAAUGUGGUCUUGUGGAUCAGAAAUGGAUUUUGAUGUGUGUUUUUUUCUCAGUGUGUUGACCCUUAGCUGCGAGGCAAUUGCAGAGGAUAGUUUUUUGCA